AUGGUGGAAUCUAACCCUGAAGAGGACCUCUUGAAAACUUUAGAGAGUUUUGGAGAAGAUGACUUUAAAAAAUUCAAAUGGUACCUGGAGCAGCCUAAGGUCCUGGAAGGCCUCCCUGCAAUCCCAUACUGCAAACUGGAGAAGGCGGACCGGUUGGACACAGUGGAUCUGAUGGUGCAGACCUACAGCGAAAACAUUUUGCAGGUGACCAGAAAGGUUCUGAGGAAGAUGAAUAAGCAAUAUUCACACACCAUCUCAGAACCGGAGGCUGAGCUGAAAGGCUUGGGGGAAGUUUCGUCCAGCCCCAUGGUAGAGGUAGUCAAAGAGGUCCACAGUGAUAAGGUGCCAGAAGUGGAUGAGAUUUGUCCUGAUAUGUUGAAGGCUCUAGACAUUGUUAUGCUGUCUUGGAUGACACACCUUUUCAAUGUCACUUGGAGGUUGGGGACCAUGACCGUUGACUCAGUGGUGAUUCCCAAGAUUCUUGCCCAGUGUCAGCAUAAACUCAAAACGAAGCUGAAAAGGAGAUUUCAACAUUUUUUCGAGAAAAUCACAAAGGCAGGAAAUUCAAAACUUCUAGAAGAGAUCUACACUGAGAUCUACAUCGUAAUGGAAGAAACUCGAGAGGUCAACAUCGAACAUGAAAUCAGGCAGAUUGAAACUGCAUCCAGGAAACCAGUCAGACCAGAAACAACAAUCAGACAAGAAGAUAUCUUUAAAGCCUCACCUGGAAGAGAUGAACCAAUCAGAACAGUGAUGACAAAGGGAGUGGCUGGCAUUGGGAAAACAGUCUUAACACAGAAGUUCACUCUGGACUGGGCUGAAGACAAAGCCAACCAGGACAUAGAGUUCACAUUUCCAUUCACUUUCAGAGAGCUGAAUGUGCUGAAAGAGAAAAAGUACAGCUUAGUGGAACUUGUUCAUCACUUCUUUGCUGAAACCAAAGAAGCAGGAAUCUGCAGGUUUGAAGAGUUCCAGGUUGUGUUCAUCUUUGAUGGUCUGGAUGAGUGUCGACUUCCUCUGGACUUCCACAACAAUGAGAUCCUGACUGAUGUUACAGAGUCCACCUCAGUGGAUGUACUGCUGACAAACCUCAUCAGGGGGAAACUGCUUCCCUCUGCUCGCCUCUGGAUAACCACACGACCUGCAGCAGCCAGUCAGAUCCCUCCUGAGUGUGUCGGCAUGGUGACAGAGGUCAGAGGGUUCACUGACCCACAGAAGAAGGAGUACUUCAGUAAGAGGUUCAGACAUAAUAAGCAGGCCAGCACAAUCAUCUCCCACAUCAAGACAUCACGAAGCCUCCACAUCAUGUGCCACAUCCCAGUCUUCUGCUGGAUCACUGCUACAGUUCUGGAGGAUGUGUUGAAAAGCAGAGACGGAGGAAAGCUGCCCAAGACCCUGACUGAGAUGUACAUCCACUUCCUGGUGGUUCAGUCCAAACUGAAGAUUGUCAAGUAUGAUGGAGGAGCUGAGACAGAUCCACACUGGACUCCAGAGAGCAGGAAGAUGAUUGAGUCUCUGGGAAAACUGGCUUUUGAGCAGCUGCAGAAAGGCAACCUGAUCUUCUAUGAAUCAGACCUGACAGAGUGUGGCAUUGAUAUCAAAGCAGCCUCAGUGUGCUCAGGAGUGUUCACACAGAUCUUUAAAGAGGAGAGAGGGCUGUACCAGGACAAGGUGUUCUGCUUUGUCCAUCUGAGUGUUCAGGAGUUUCUGGCUGCUCUUCAUGUCCAUCUGACAUUCAUCAACUCUGGAGUCAAUCUACUGGCAGAAAAACAAACAACAUCUUGGUGGGCUAAAGUCUUAGGAGGAAAAUCAACACAUUUCUACCAGAGUGCUGUGGACGAGGCCUUAAAGAGCCCAAAUGGACACCUGGACUUGUUCCUCCGCUUCCUCCUGGGUCUUUCACUACAGACCAAUCAGACACUCCUUCGAGGUCUGCUGAAACAGACAGGAAGUAGCUCACAGACCAAUCAGAAAACAGUCGAGUACAUCAAGAAGAAGAUCAGUGAGAAUCUAUCUGCAGAUAGAAGCAUCAAUCUGUUCCACUGUCUGAAUGAACUGAAUGAUGAUUCUCUGGUGAAGGAGAUCCAACAGUACCUGAGAUCAGGAAGUCUCUCCACAGAUAAACUGUCUCCUGCUCAGUGGUCAGCUCUGGUCUUCAUCUUACUGUCAUCAGAAAAAGAUCUGGAUGUGUUUGACCUGAAGAAAUACUGUGCUUCAGAGGAGGCUCUUCUGAGGCUGCUGCUAGUGGUCAAAGCUUCAAAUAAAGCUCUGCUGAGUCUCUGUAACCUCUCAGAGAGAAGCUGUGCAGCUCUGUCCGCAGUUCUCAGCUCCCAGUCCUCUAGUCUGAGAGAGCUGGAGUUGUGUAACAAUGGCCUUAAGGAUUCAGGAGUGAAGCUGCUGUCUGCUGGACUGGAGAGUCCACACUGCAGACUGGAAACUCUCAGUCUGUCAGGCUGUCUGAUCACAGAGGAAGGCUGUGCUUCUCUGGCCUCAGCGCUGAGCUCCAACCCCUCUCAUCUGAGAGAACUGGACCUGAGCUACAAUCAUCCAGGACACUCAGGAAAGAAGAUGCUGUCUGCUGGACUGGAGGAUCCACACUGGAGACUGGACACUCUCAGGAUGGACCAUGGUGGAGAGCAGUUGUUAAAACCUGGUCUGAAGAAGUAUUUCUGUGAACUCACACUGGACACAAACACAGCACACAGAAACCUCAAACUGUCUGACAACAACAGGAAGGUGACAUAUGUGAGAGAGAAUCAGUCAUAUCCUGAUCAUCCAGACAGAUUUGACAACUGGCCUCAGCUGCUGUGUAGAAAUGGUCUGACUGGUCGCUGUUACUGGGAGGCUGAGUGGAGAGGAGAUGUUGAUAUAUCAGUGACUUACAGAGAAAUCAGCAGGAAAGGAAACAGUGAUGACUGUUUGUUUGGAAGGAAUGAUCAGUCCUGGAGUCUGAAAUGCUCUGAUAUUCAUGGUUACUCUGUCCAGCACUCCAUGCAGGAAGUAACCUCCUCUAUCUCUAACAGAGUAGCAGUGUAUGUGGACUGUCCUGCUGGCACUCUGUCCUUCUACAGAGUCUCCUCUGACACACUGAUCCACCUCCACACCUUCAGCAUCUCAUUCACUGAGCCUCUCUAUCCUGGGUUUAGGUUUGGGUCAUAUGGUUCCUCAAUGUCCUUGUGUCGUCUGUCUGAGGAAGAGUCUCCUCCUGUGUAG